AUGGAUGGUGGAAUUUGUUGCCAGGUUGAUGUUCAUCCUGUUACGAAGUCCUCUCUAUCCCCAGGGGCUUCCUUUCUGCAGCCUCCUCCUCAUGGACCAGAUGUCUCACGGAAACUACUCAAGCAAAGAGCAAUAAGCUUCGUACUGUACAACCUUUUCCUAGCGGUCUAUUUAUAUGAUGGUGUCAUUGUCAAGGCUUUGUGGAAUGUUAUUUCAUGUUUCCUAGUUUCUGAUUCAACAUUCAUCUCGGGAUAUUAUGGAAUGACUUCAAAGCCUGAACUUCUAGCACAUCAACCUUGUAUAUUUUCUCUUCUUUUUUGUUGGUUUCAGGCAGUAAACGAGGAGGAUAUAUAUGCCAUACAACAUGGAAAAGCCUUAUUUCCUAUUGGAUGCUUCCAUGUAAGUUGUCCAGCUUUCUUUCUUCUCAGGUUUAGGUGGAGCUUUGCAGAUAUUAGUUUCUAUGCAGCUAUAUAUGUAAGUGGUUCCUUGUUUGUUCAAUCCUAUACCUUAAAGAUGUGUAUUUGAUAUGCUUCAUAUUUUCUUAAUUUUAAAUAUCAUCGACUAGUAUUAGUAUUAUGAAGAAUCAUAUUAUAAGUCAGAGUUCAUGGUUUUAAAGACUUGUAGUCUAAACUAGUAACAACUUGCAUUCCAAACCAACAUAUAAACAUGAUCUGUUACUAAAUCCCCCUUAACUUAGUGCAGACAGACAAUGCGGUAUAUUGAAGGUAGCAGACCCUGAUGGAAUGGAACGAACAUCAUCGAAGAAUGUGGAGAGGGGCUUCCAUAUUCACAAUGCACCGCCACAUACCAGUAUUGCCCGUUACACAUGUUAAUAUAAGCGCAUAAACUGAUUCGGUUUAUUAAGUAUUAUGCAGAUGAUAAGUGGAGUUUAGCAAAUGGAGAAUGUUAAGUAGAGCAUGAUUGUCGUUUGUACUGAGCAUACAUGUGCAAUCAAUUCAAGUAUAUUUUGUGUAGGGAAGGGGUGGCGGCCCCUACGGUACCAUUCAACAUGAGAAGAAAAGGCAGCCCAUGUGCAAAAUGCUUGUGGACAACAGAAUAAACCAAUCUCUUCCUCCUACAAUAAUCUGCAUAUUUUUCUCCUAAAUUUAUAUGCUUCCUCAGAUUAUUUUAUAUUCAGAUAAUAGGGGAUAACUCAUAAUAAGGGUUGUUGGCUGUUUGUUGGGGGAAGGGGUGUGCUGCCUUUUUUUUUUAUAUAUAUACACACAUGUAUCUUGUAUAUAUUGACGUGUGUGCAUAGGUGAUUUUAUUUUUCUGGUGAGAUUUUUUUUACAUUUGAUUGCAUCAAGAAGCCUGGAGUAGUUGGUAAGCAAUGUUAGUUUUGGGUGUUCAGUUUUUAUGGGUGGUAACAAAGUUGGGUUUGGUGCCCUCAGUAUUAAAGAAGUUGUUACCAUUUCUCACCUAAUGUAAUUAAUCAUCUUCUUCAUUUUA